ACAAUCUAUACUAUUUUGAAAAUAUGAGGAAAAAAGAUUUGUUCAUGAUAAAAUUUGUAAGAACUGAAAAAUGGAUGAGAAAGUCAUUUAAAAAAGGGAAAACUGCAAAAUAUCAAUAACUCAUUUCAUAUGUUGGUAGAACUGAUACAACGUAGCCGGCUGUUUAGCUUUCUGUCAAGGAGACACGUACUGCUUAUUAUUAUCUACUUCACAAUGGUACAAAUCGAAUUAAUGACGAGAUAUGUCUCGCCAAUCAACCCGGCAGUAUUUCCUCACCUCACCAUCAUUCUAUUAGGGAUCGGAAUCUUCUUCACCGCCUGGUUUUUCGUCUACGAAGUGACGAGCACAAAACUCACGAGGGACCCUUUCAAAGAGCUACUAGUAUCAUUAGUUGCAGCUAUGUUUUCUGGCUUCGGAGUGCUGUUCCUUCUAUUAUGGGUUGGAAUAUACGUUUGACAUAACUGGUGACCAAACGUUUGUGAAUGAAUCAUCUAAACAAGAUCACAUCAUGCCUCGUCACGUCAACCACCGCCACCCAUUCCAUACUAUUAUUUACAUUUCGCAAUAUUUGUUUCGAAUUAAUGUAUAAAUAUUUCAUAAAUGUUACUAUUUAACAA